GCAGUAUCAACAAGUUUUUGUAUUGGGAUUCUAGAAAGAAUGUGACGCUGUGACGGAAUAACAAGAAAUUGUCACGAUGCCACGCGAAAUCAUCACCCUCCAACUUGGACAAUGUGGCAACCAAAUUGGCAUGGAGUUCUGGAAGCAGCUCUGCUCAGAACAUGGCAUCAGUCCAGAGGGUAUUUUAGAAGAAUAUGCUACAGAAGGAACUGAUAGAAAAGAUGUUUUCUUUUAUCAGGCUGAUGAUGAACACUACAUUCCCAGAGCUGUCUUAUUGGACCUUGAACCCAGGGUCAUCAACACUAUCAUGAACUCGCCAUAUGCCAACUUAUACAACCCAGAAAAUGUGUACCUGUCUAAACAUGGAGGAGGUGCUGGUAAUAACUGGGCCAGUGGCUAUGCCCAGGCAGAGAAAUUGUAUGAAGAAAUCUUUGACAUCAUUGACCGGGAGGCUGAUGGCAGCGAUAGUUUAGAGGGAUUUGUAGUUUGUCAUUCAAUAGCUGGCGGUACUGGAUCAGGUAUGGGGUCCUACCUACUGGAGAAACUUAAUGACAGAUUUCCAAAGAAACUUAUACAGACAUACUCUGUGUUCCCCAACAUGGAUGAGAUCUCUGAUGUGGUGGUUCAACCAUACAAUUCUAUCUUGACCUUGAAGCGUCUCACACAAAAUGCUGACUGUGUGGUAGUUUUAGACAACACAGCAUUACAUAGGAUAGCAGCUGAUAGGCUCCACAUAGAUACACCGUCCUUUGCCCAAAUUAAUCAGCUGGUAUCAACAGUUAUGUCCACAAGUACAACUACACUGCGAUAUCCAGGAUACAUGAAUAAUGAUCUGAUUGGCCUGAUUGCCUCUUUAAUACCAACACCACGUCUGCACUACCUGAUGACAGGAUACACACCUCUCACCACAAACUCACAGGUUGCUAGUGUUCGAAAGACAACUGUACUGGAUGUGAUGAGACGAUUGUUACAGCCCAAAAACAUGAUGGUAUCAACACACGUUCAUCGUCAAGCUAGCCAUUGCUACAUAUCUAUCCUCAACAUCAUACAGGGCGAGGUUGACCCAACACAGGUGCACAAGAGUUUACAGCGAAUCAGGGAGCGGAAGCUAGCUCAGUUUAUCCCAUGGGGACCGGCCAGUAUCCAAGUGGCUCUCUCAAGAAAAUCUCCAUAUACACAGACAGCUCACAGAGUCAGCGGACUCAUGCUAGCUAAUCAUACAAGUAUUUCCUCAUUGUUUGAAAGGACUCUAAGACAGUAUGAUAAACUCAAAAAACGUGAAGCUUUUAUGGACCAGUUUAAGAAGGAAUCAAUUUUUAAAGACAAUUUAGACGAGUUUGAUAAUUCAAGGGAGGUAAUUCAACAACUUGUGGAAGAGUAUGAGGCUGCAACUAGACCUGACUAUCUUUCAUGGGGAACACAACAGGCACCUGCUGCUGAAAGAAUAUAACAGACAAAUUCUCCAAAUUGUCUGCAUGGCAGUGAAGUCUGGCAUUAUGAAGUGAAAAGACACAUUUUAUUGAAGAGAAUGUAUCAAAUGAUUUGCAGAAUCUCCAUGUGCUAAUUUAUAUAUCUGAGAUUGAAGGUGGAUAAUACAUGGACUAGUGACGAAAUGUCUCUUGAGCUGUGCCUUGACUAUUGUACAAAAGUUCACUUGUGAUUUAGCGAAGUAUCUCACAUGUUUAUAUAACAUGUAUACAGUAAACAUGUUUAAAGUGUCACUGAUGAAAAAACAAAAAAAUUCUAAUGUCGCAAUGUUCUGUGAUUUCAUGCCUCAAAUGUUGUAUUGAAAAUUCCUGCUACAUGGAGAUUUUUGCUCCGUAAAUGGUGUUUUUGAUAUCAAUGUUUGAAUUGUAAAUGACAUGAUAUGGAUAGAUGCUGAAAAUCAUGAUAAUCAGCUAAAAUGAUGACGACAGCUAUGUAUAAAGUAUUGACUUCUUGUAAAAUUUCUUAGAACUUUAAUAAUUUCUGAAUAUGCUUAAGUUGUAAACAUGGUAGAACCCACACUUACAAAAUAAUGAAAAUUAAUGGCAAUAUCAAAAUGCAGAAUGAUCAGUUCAUGUUUAUAUCGUAGUUCAUUUUAAUGUUUGAUUAAACAUUCGGUUUAACUUUCGUCCUUUUACAAUUUGAACAUCAGAUCAAAAGAUAACCAAAAAACUUUUUGUGUGUGUAAUAGCUGUAUGAUGAUACAUUGUUUGAGAAACUUAAAAAUACAUGUAUACAUACUUUAAUUCUUCAAGCUUAAAGGAACUUUUUAUUUCAGCAUGAUAGACAUUUGUAGUCAUUCAUUUUAUGAAUGUAUAUUAAAUGCCCUCUAUUUUUCUGGUCACAAACAAUGCUUGCUUUGAAGAAAAUGACUGUUGUAUAGUCCUUUUUAACAUUUAAUCAAGUGACCAAUUACAUUAUAUGCUGAUGUAAAUAAUAAUUAUUCAUCAAAUUUAAAGGCGGUUGAUCCUUUAUGUAGGACUGCAUCAGAUCUGUUAAAAGUGGGAUACACUCAUUUCAAAUGUAUAGUAACAUAAUUCUACAAUAAUAACUUUCACCCUAGAACAUAGUUCACAGACAGUAUAACAUUCAUGCAUGUCCUUCGAUUACAUUAUAAAGAAGCACUGUACUCAGACUUUGAUGGUAAUCAUAUCCUGUAGAUAAUAACCGUAUUUAUCUUCAAUGUGAUUUUCAAGACAAUUGUUCAGAGAUCCUACUGAUAAAGAACACAUAUUUUUCAGAGCAGAAGUGAGUGGCACACUGGUAUUGUAAAUUAGACUUGAUUGUUACGUUUUAGAAAGAUUUUUGUCAGUUUGAUGCAAAUAUAUAAAAAGAUGUUAAACAGUUUUCAAAAUUACUGUUUGCAAAACUUUAAAAAGAAAUAGAGGAGGGGAAGAGAACUAAUAUUAAAUGCUUAGAUAUGAGAUUGUGUGAUGACAACUUAUUGACAAUGUUAAUACCAGUAUGCACAGUACCGUUUGUUACAAACUUGUAAUAGGUUUUAUGGUUAAGUUUUGCAGAAAUAUUCUAUUCUAUCUAACAGUUAUCAUAGCUAAGUUAGUGCUUUUUAUACACAAAUGUGUUGCUUUAAAGUGCUGCAUGUAUUUCAUAUGGAAUCACUAUUUUUCUGUAUGUUGAUGAAUAUUGAAGCUUGAUUAUCAUGAUGGAUUUUAUAUAACCAAGGUAUGUGAAAAUAUCUACACAGGUAUACACAUUGUAUUAAGGUUUCUAUGUCAUUACGUACAGUGCAAUUUACCACCAUAUUGUACAUCUCAUGUUCUCUUUCGUUUUUUGAGAAUUUAUUUAAGUUAUGUAAAUACCAACUUGAAUCUUUUCAUCACCCUUAACAGAUAUGUGUAAUAAUUCUAAAGAUGGAGUUGGUUGUAUGUUUCUUUCAACAUAAAGUCAAAAUAAACUUCAAAAAACCAUAUCAGCAUUUGAUUCUAUUGUUUAUUGAGGUAAUGCAAUCCUUAAAUACUUCGAUGUUUUGCUUCGUGUUAAACCUGGUUAUCGGAUGGGUUUAGUUUUAUAUUGGACUCGUACAGACUGAAUUAUAAAGAAAUAAUUAAAGUUAACUCAAAAUUA